AUGCUGUGUACACUGCAGCCUUUCAGGCUCAACCAGCCGGACGGCCUGCCCGGCCGAACUGUCGACAGAGAGAGACAAAGAUUCCAUCUCAGAUCAGUACCGUAUCUCGUGGCGAUGGUGACGAUCAUCUCAGAGACGGUAGGGCCGUUCGGCCCUGUGAAGGCGGGGGAGAAGCCCACCAGAGGUCAUUCGACUCUGGUAGCGGAGCCGGAGGGCUCUGCAGGGACGGAUCAGCCCAAGGCGUUGUACCUGUGCGGCUCCGACUUCGUGCACGGCCUGUGCGACACAGGCCACCAGGACGAGAGUUGGAAGCUCCUCCUCGUCGCCUUCGGCGAGGGCCUGCCGGCAGCGGAGCUGGCCCAGCUGAGUACGUCAAAGGUUCCUCCGUUCUGGGCCCCGUACCUCGAGCAGCGGGGCUACCCCUUCUGCCUGUGGGUCCAGGACGUGAUGCUGUGGUGCGCCGCGACGGAGCUGCAGCCCCCCCAGCGUGGCCCAGCUAUCGUCCAGCGCCUGGGGGGCACAGCGAGGGACCUCUGUCGCGAGUUGCCGGUAGAGAACAUCGCGCUGGGCAGGUUCGAUGGCCAUGGCAAUCAGAUCGAGGACGGGGUUCAGAUGUUGACUGCGGGACUCCGACGGCGCUUCGGCCCGCUCGACGUUCAGACUUCGAUCAGUACCAUCGUGGAACUAAUCACCUUCCGCCGACAGGAGCGGGAAAGCGUCGACGAUGCGGUCACCCGUAUCGAGGCGCUGCGCGCACGAGCGGGUCAACUCGACGAUCAGUUUGUGCUACCGACGCCCGUGCUCGCUUUGCUGUUCUUGGAAGCGAUGCAUGUACCCAAGGCGGUGUACCCCCUCGUGCUGCAGAGCAAUAGCGGCCAGUUGCCAACGACGACGGACCAGCUGAACACGAUGAUUGGCAUGGUACGGCAGCAGGGGCACUUCGCCGAGCACACGCAUGCAGGACCGCAGAGCCUGGCCGAGGGCUACCGCGGCAAGGGACAUCAUGGGCAGCAUUGGUUUACGGGCGAUGGCGCCGGCGGCGCAGCAACAUGGAGUGACACGGCCGCAUACAUGUACGGACAAAGUGCUGGCGGCGGGAGCAGCACGGGAUCGGCCAGGCACGGCAACUCCUCUCAGUACUACGUCGUUCAGGAUGAGGAGGGCUGCGACUGCUGCGCCACCUGUGCGAGCUACCUGUACGAGGACGAGCCGGGCGACGAGGACUCGAUGACCGACGACGACGACAUUGACACCUCCGAGUUCACGCCCGCGGAGCUCCAGGAGUACUACGGCGACGCCGAGGGCUGGGAUUGCGACACGCUGCUGCACGAGUACAUGUUCGCCAAGCGCAGGUUCCGUCACUUCGUCCACCGCGGCAGCCGCCGUGCACGUUUUCCUCGCAGCAAUUGGUCCAUGCGCAUGAGCAGCGGAAAGGGCGGCAGCUUCGGACGAGGACGUGGCCAUGGCAAAGGAUAUCAUUUUGGCGGAUCAGUGGUGAAUCCCGGAUCCUUGGCGGGCGGAAAAGGUAAGAGGAAGAAGGGUGGCAAACAUUACAUGGCAGGCUCUCCGAGGUCCACCAACCCGCGGGGCAGAGACGGUCGUAGCACGCGAUGUCACGAGUGCGACUCGGCGACGCACUUCGCGGCCUCCUGCCCCCAGCGCAAGGGCAAGGGCAAGGGCAAACACUUCGCGGCCUGGAGUGCGCCUAGCGCCACGACGGGUCCUCCGACACCCGGCUCCCAAGCCGUGGGUCCAGUGCUGGCCGCGUACUCACCUUCCCCAGCGCAGCCGAGAACAGGAUCGAUGACUGGAGUACUGCACUACCUCACGGACGAUGUCCAGACGCCUGGCGUGCGGAUCGGCGACCUCGACGAGGAUGACGACCGCGAGGCCCUGGACUGGGAGACCCUUAACAUGUUCGACGACAUCACGGAGCGCGACAUGCUGGCGGAGAUACAGGCGAGCGCAGAGGACCUCACCGACGCGAAGACUAGCCUCGAAUGGUUUCCGUGGUGGCGAGUGGACCAGCUCGAGAGCACCAGCGAGGGGACCUAUCUGGUCCGCACCCGCAUGAAGAACAAGAGUGGCGAGGCCUUGCCGGUGGACCCCGGGGGCCCAGGGAACCUCAUUGGCGACGAGUGGGGCCAUCGGAUGGCCGAGAAGCAGCGACAGGCAGGAGGUCAGGUGGCUACCUAUGAAGCACCAGUGCUCCCGAACAGCAGCGUGCCAGAGCUGCUCGGGCGGAAGUCCUUGCGGGGCCAGCGCGCCCUGCUGGACUGCUUCAACAACAGGCUGUACCGCAUCGGCCCAGGGGUGCAGGGCCGACAAAGACCAUGCAUUGGCUACGUCAACCGCGUCCGAUACUACCGCCUCGACAGCAGCUACUUCACCAACUCCGAUGGCGUCCAGCAUAGCAAGCAAGCAGAGUACUACCGCAACGUCAUCCAGCAGCGAAGCCGCCGCGAGCAGUUCUGGUGGGCGGACUCCCUGCGCCACCGGCGACCGGAGCUCGCGUGGAUCAGCCUUGCCCAGCCGGGUACGGCAAGGGGCACGCGGAACGACAAGCGAGCCAAGCGCUUCGAGUGCAGGAUCGCUCGAGCUCAACUUGAAGGACAUCGCCUAUGCGUCGUCGAGGCAGACGAGGGCAGCGCGGCGUGGGAUAUGCCCGACAUUCUCGAGCUGAUAGACGACGGCAGAUGGCACAUGGGACGACUGCGAUGGUGUAACCUCGGAGUGCGUGACGCUCGAGGAUUCCCAGCAGCACAGGUCACUCGCAUCUUCAGCAGCAGCUACUUUGACGACCACGAUGCGAAGUGCCGCUGUGGCUGGCCACCUGGCCGACACGUUACACGGAAGACAGCUGCAGAUCGGCCAGACUUCAAAGCCAAGGGGGUGUCUGCCUUGGUCAAGCGGAUGGUGGCCGCUGGGUGCAUCGACGGCGGCGUGAGAUCACGGACAGUGGCCUUGGAAGAAGCCGGCGUGGAGCAGUCACGACGUGAGUUGCAUCCCCCUGGCCGAGUCUCGUUCGCCGACGACGUCGACGAUGCCGGCUGCAAGGUGAGCGCGCUGGCCGCGAGCUUUCCCACCGAGCAGAGGACGCGCGACAAGGCGCGCAAGGCAGCAGACCCGGAUCGCAAGGUGAAGAAGAGACCGCAGGAGGUCGAGCAGGUCUUCGACGACUGCGGGUCCGACUUCACGAAGCUCUACGUGGCGAACGAGUACGAGGUGGACGAGGUCUGCUACGGCGCCGAGCUCAGGGAAGAUCAGUACGUCGACGGGUUCUCGGUACUCAACAAGGUCAUCAACCACGGCGGCUGGCUGCGCAGUCGCAGGAUAUCAGUGGCACUGGCCCGCCUGGCCGCUGCGGCAGCAUGCGCGCAGAUGAACGCCGGGCGCCACUUCGUGUCGGAGCAGCCCCUGGGCAGCGACUUUACAAACUCGACGACUGGACUACCGAUCAAGAAGUCCUCCGAGUUCUGGGCAUCGAACGAGUGCUUGAUCGGCGGCCUCAGGAAGUUCCGUUGCGACGGCCAGCAUCAGCACGCCCUGCUGGCACAUGGCGGUCGAGGCGCCUGCCCGGAGCAGGACAAGCGGCGCCUGGAGAAUCCUAAAGAUCAUGCAGAGUGGGCCAUCGGUAUUUGCAGGGAGCUGGCCACGAGUAUUGCCCGCAUGAUAGAGCACGUGAGGUCUCAGGGACAUCACCUUGUCGUGUUCGAGUGCUACCCCGCGACUGCGGUGCAGGCGGACGGCGCUGGGCAGUCGGACCGCGAGUCCUGCGGCCACGGCAACCGCCAGCCGCGGAAGAGCCGAUUGCGGAUCAAUCACCAAGCGCAGCUCGAGCUGACGCGCCCGACGCCGAGCCAGAACCACCACUACCUCCACCCGUUCAGGCAGAACGGCGAGCUCGAAGAGCGGGACCCGAUGAUCCACUUCCACCAGCUCUGGCAGCGCGGCAAGCUCGGAGAGCUCGCUUGGAUGGUCCACGACCUCGAUCGAGACUGGCAGCCGCACUGGACGGAGCAGAGCCAGCUGAGUCGUCAGGUGACGCCGCAGGAUCUGCUGACGCCGCCGCGGAAGCACCGGGCGCGGCGCAACCUGCAGCAGCUCCAGCUGAACGACCUCAAGGUGUCGAUGCGGGAACUCAGGCUCGAGCCAGUGACGAGCCUGGCUGGACCGCGUUCGACCUCAGACACGCGUUGCGAUUGCCGCGCAGCCCACAUCAAGAAGUUGUCCGGCGCCAACUACGACGACUCCAUGUUCGCCGGCGCCCUUGCGUCCACGCUGGCCCUGGUGAAGGAGAUCUGCGACACAUGCCGAGUGUGCAGAAUGUGGACGCGACCGGGACCGAAAAGUAUGACAGUUUCUCGACUCGCGACGGGCUUCAACGAGAUGGUCCAGUGGGACAUUCUCUACAUCGGCGACCAGAUGGUGGCCCACAUGAUCGACGAAGCCACGCGCUGGACAGUGCUGAAUAUUUUAGACCGCAAGGCGGCGAUCACGAUCAUUGCUGGGAUCACCAACGGCUGGAUACGCCCUCGUGGCCCCAUGAAGCUGCUGAUUGCCGAUGUCGAGGGCGGCCUCCACGGAGAGGAGGCGUACCAGUGGCUGGACCGCUGGGACAUCGAGAUAAAAGCUAAGGAAGAGGGCUCGCACGCUCAGUUGGUGGAGCGUCAUCAUGACCUAGCACGCAAGAUCAUACACCGAGUGCGGAGCCAGCUUGAGCAGGAAGGCAUCGCGAUGCCGUUGGAGAUCGUGAUUGCGGAGUGCGCACUCAUCAAGAACCUCCUCAUCACCGUGGCGGGCUUCAGUCCCUACCAGGCGGUGUACGGACGACUCCCUCCACUACUGGCGGAGUUCGAGCCGGUGAGCCACUGUCAAAUUGAUGAUCAGUCUGCGGGCAUCCCGGGCAUCUCACGACACCGUCAUCGACUACGUGAGGUGGCGAUGCAGGCCAUGGUAGAGAUGACCGCGAAGGAUCGACUGAGGCGUGCACUACGGUCCAAGACACGGGCCCCUCACGAGACAGUAUCACUUGCUGUCGGAGAUCAGGUUGACUUCCAUCGACCACCGAGCACAAAGGAGGAGUCGGGCUGGCGUGGACCAGCCACUCUGCUGCAGGUUGGACCGCCAGUGCUCGUUCGAUGGCAAGGCCGAGUCUUUCAAGUCCGACCACAGGACCUUCGACGCAGCCUUGUGUAUAUUGUGAUGUUCACGAACAACAUCUUCUUCGAAGCUGGGUCGCGCGACCCGGUGGCCACCAUCAUGAGCUACGCAGACCAGCUGGACAGCAAGGUCGCGCGUGUGGGCUGGCUCUUCGACGCCGGGUGGAAGCGGACCGCGGACAGUCAGAAGCUCAGCGAGCUGGUUCUGGCGGUGUUGCAUGUAGCCGCCAGCGGCUUCUACCUGGUGGGCUGCAUCGACGCGAGAGUGGGCAAUGGCGUAUCUGUAUUUGAAGGAAUGGUCGGCUGUGACCAUAGCUUUCUGUGGUGGUGGCGGCGUGGCCGUCCAGAGCUAUCCUGGUACCACGAGGCGUCGGGUUCCGCGAGAUUGAAGCUUGCGCAGAUCUUUGGCAAGGAUCAUUGGCGAGACGUGAGCUUCGUGCAGUUCAUCCUGACCGACCAUGGUUUGGCAAUCUCCCACACGCGCGACGAUAUGAACAGCCAGAGCGACCUGAACCCGGACCAUUUCAAGACCCACCUGAGCUUCAGGAAGUUCGAGAGAGAUCGCGAUCUCGUGACGCUGGGGGCCGCGAUCGUGGAGCUCGAGGAAGACCAUGACGCGAACGACGACGACGAUUCGGACAGCGACGCCACUCAGGAGUACGAGUUCGCCAGUUGGCAGUAUAUGAAGGAGCAGGCCGCAUUGCCUGCGGUCGACAUCGAGUGCGCUCAGAACGACUUCUUCUUCUCAGCCCCGGACGCAGAUCACGUGAUGGAGGCCAUUGAGGAGGACUCCACGAAUUCCCGACCCGACUGCGUCGAGAUCGGCAUGGGCGCUCCGUUGAUGUACUGGGUAUGCCCCGAGGCAGAACACGUUCGACGUCCGGGAACUGGCGAGAUCUAUGUUCUUCGCAUCUACAGCGCGGGCCAGCGCGAGAUUGUUGUCGAGCGCGAGAUGAAUGUGCUCACGCUGGAGGAAGCCCGAGAGCAUGGGGUUGAAGUGCGACAGGCGAUGAAGGAUGAGCUCCAACGCUGGGCGGGAUUGCAAGCAUUCCAGCGAUUCCCGAAGGAUCAGGCGAACAACGUCAUCGACCUCGCGCUGGGUGUCAUGCUGAAGAAGGUGUUGGAGAAGACCGGCGGCAAGGCACUCAUCAGCGACCCGCAGCUCUAUGUGUACCACAACGAGCAGGGCGAGCUGCAGAUGAUCAUGUCCUCGCACGUUGACGACUUGAAGGGCGGCGGCGAGGACUACCUGAGGGAGAAGGUGCUGGGCAUGAUAGAAGCGGAGUUCGGGAAGCUGAAGCGCCAGUAUGGCAACUUUGAGUGCAUUGGCAUUAUGCGCGAGCAGAACCUCACCACGAAGGCCAUCUGGACGCACAAGCAGCAUUACGCACAGCAGCUACGCCCACUGCAAGAAUAUCAGCAUGUGAUGGAGAACGACGACGGACAGGUGAACACCGACAGUCACGCCGCAUAA